ACAGCAGCCAUGAUAUGUAAAACAGCCUUGCUGCUGUUAGUCUUUGUAGCGACGACUUCAAUGGCCUCGAUGAACAGGCAGACUUAUAUAGUUCACAUGGACAAGACCAAGAUAGCAGCCUCACAUCAUUCUCUAGGCAACUCCAAAGAAUGGUACGAAGCAGUGAUCGACUCCAUCACUGAUAUCUCAGCUGAAGAAGAAGAAGAAGAAGAAAAUGAUUCUGAAUCGACAUCUCCCCAGCUAAUUCAUGUCUAUGAAUCUGCAAUUUCUGGUUUUGCUGCAAAGCUCUCCACUAAGGAACUAGAAUCACUGAAAAAAAUCGAUGGUUUCCUCUCUGCCACUCCUGAUGAAAUGUUCACUCUACAAACUACACGUUCCGCUCAAUUUCUUGGCCUGCAAUAUGGAAAAGGACUCUGGAAUGCUUCGAAUUUGGGUUCUGAUACAAUAAUAGGCUUGGUGGAUUCUGGAAUCUGGCCAGAACAUGUCAGUUUCCAGGAUGAAAACAUGCCACCAGUGCCAUCAAGGUGGAAAGGCGCUUGUGAAGAAGGCACAAACUUCACAAAAUCAAAUUGCAAUAAAAAAAUAAUUGGCGCCAGAUACUUCUUCAAAGGCUACGAGGCUACUAUUGGCAAAUUCAGUAAAAUAACCGAUUAUAAAUCUGCAAGAGAUUCUUUAGGCCAUGGGACACACACUGCAUCAACUGCGGCUGGUAAUCUCGUUGACAAUGCAAGCAUGUUUGGCUUGGCCAAUGGCACGGCGGGUGGAAUGGGAUACAUGUCUAGGCUUGCAGUCUAUAAAGUGUGCUGGAAUAAUGGUGCCGCUGCUGGCUCUGAUAUUAUAGCAGGCAUUGACCAAGCCAUCGCUGAUGGUGUUGACGUGUUGUCACUUUCUUUAGGAAGUUUUAUUUCAAGGCCUUAUAAUCUAGAUGAAAUUGCAAUAUCAACAUUUCAAGCAAUCAAAAAAGGGAUUUUUGUUUCUUGCGCUGGUGGCAAUUCAGGCCCAUCUAGUUCAAGUGUUACCAAUACCGCGCCAUGGAUUAUGACUGUGGCUGCAAGCUAUCUUGAUCGGAAAUUUGCAACGACCGUCGAUCUUGGAGAUGGGCAAACUUUUGAGGGUUCAUCUCUAUACGUUGGCAAUGAAACAAAGCAAUUACCACUUGUAUAUGGAGAAACAGCUGGUGGUGAUAAAAAUACAAUUUUUUGCGCUGAGGGCUCACUAAAUCGUGAACGUGUGAAAGGCAAAAUCGUUGUUUGUGACUCAACACUCAUCUUUAGUCGAUUUGAACAGGGAGAGCAAGUAAAAUUGGCCGGAGGAGCUGGAAUGCUACUGUUAAACGACGAAAAGCAAGGUGAGGAACUUGCGUUGGUUGCACAACCUUUACCAGACUCUUCAUUAGGCUUUUCAAAAAGCAAAGCCAUCAAAGAGUACCUUAAAUCAACUAAAAACCCAACUGCUUCAAUUACUUUCAAAGGAACAGAGUAUGGCAAGCCUGCACCAAUGAUGGCAGCAUUUUCAUCAAGAGGACCAAAUGCGGUUGGACGAGACUUGAUUAAACCUGAUGUAACUGCGCCAGGGGUGAAUAUAUUGGCAGCAUGGCCAGGCUUGAUUGGCCCGUCCUCGUUUAAGAGUGACGAGAGGAGAGUUCUGUUCAAUAUAGCUUCCGGCACUUCGAUGUCUUGCCCUCAUGUUAGUGGCAUAGCAGCACUCCUCAAAUCAGUGCACAAUGACUGGUCCCCUGCUGCAAUCAAAUCAGCUCUUAUGACAACGGCUUAUGUUGAGGACGACAAGUGCGGGGAAAUCGCAGAUGUUGCUUCUAGUAACUAUACCGCGGCUACUCCUUUUGCCUUCGGUUCAGGUCAUGUUGACCCUGAAAAGGCUUCUGAUCCAGGAUUAAUCUAUGACAUCACCCCAGAAGAUUACUUGAACUAUUUGUGCAGCCUGAACUAUUCAGCUUCCGAUAUAGCAAAGUUUGCAGGGAAGGAUUUCACUUGUCCCCAAAAUCAAACUAUGCAACCCGGAGACCUAAAUUACCCUUCUUUUGCGGUAAAUUUCAAACGUUCCAUCGACAACAAUAGUGUUACCUUCACAAGGACUGUCACACAUGUCGGGAUCCCUAAUGUUACUUAUGAAGUACGUGGGACUGAACCUGAUGGAGUAUCAAUAACGGUUGAGCCAGAGAUUUUGAAGUUUGAAAAUCCAGGCCAGAAGCUUAGCUACAAGAUUACUUUCACACAAAGGAACGGAACAGUACCCCGAAAGACCUCCUUCGGCUACAUAAAGUGGUCGUACCUUGAUAAAUACCAUGUCAGGAGCCCCGUAGCAGUAACUUGGUAA